AUGAAUGGAGGUCAUCGUCUUAAGUUUUAAAUAUCAUUUAGUGAAGAUGAAAUAAAACCUGAGAUUAUCACGCUUAAUUAGUUUGAUGAUGCAUUAAAAUUUGAAGAUAGAUAUGAAGCAUUAUAAACGUUGGGUAUAAACUUAUAAAAAUUUGGAUUAGGUUAGGGUGCUCAUGCAGUAGUAAAAGUAGCAAGAAAGAAAGAUACAGAGGAGAUUUUCGCUGUGAAAAUAGUGAGAUCUGGAGAUUAAGAAAUAUAAAACAAUGUUAAGAGAACUUUUAAUAAUACUAGAUGUUUAAGACAUCCAAAUAUUGCAUAGGAUAUUGAAUUAUUUAUAAAUGAAAAGAUGGAAACUUCAUAUUUAAUAAUGGAGUAUUGCGCAUUCAAUUCAUUAGAAUCAAUAAUAAAGAAGCGAAAACUUACUGUAAUGGAACUAAGAAUAGUUAUUAAAUAAUUACUUUUAGCAAUUUAACAUGCUCAUUAGAAAGGUAUUUGUCAUAGAGAUUUGAAACCUGAUAAUGUUCUAGUUGAUUUGAAUGAUAAUAUGGAUUAAAAUGAAAUUAGACUAAAAGUAGUAGAUUUUGGAGUAUCAAGAAGAUUUUAAUCAAAAGGAUAAGAAAUAGAAAUGUUAACAAAAACAGGAAAUAUAUUUUAUUGUGCUCCUGAAAUAUAUCAUAAAUCUUGUUAUUCUAAAGAAGUCGAUAUAUGGGCCAUAGGAGUAAUAACUUAUUAAUGUUUAUUUCAAAAACUUCCAUUACAUAGUGAUGAAUAUCAGGAUUUUGUUGAACUAUUAAGAAAUCCAGAUAAAUGGAAGUUUAAAGAAUAAUUGAAAGAAUUAGAAAUUCCGUUAUAGAAUUUAAUUAUUGGGAUGUUAGAAUAUAAUAGUUAAAAAAGAAUUUCAAUAGAUGAUGCAUUAAGGAAUUCUUUCUUUGAAUAAUAAUAAAGAGAAAGUACUCCUUUAAUAAUAAGUACUAAUUUAGAAAAUUUGAUUUAUAAUAGUAAUAAACACAUGAAGUAAUUAUAAACUAGUCUAGCCAUCAAUAACAAUUAUUUUGGUUAUCAUAAUAAUAAUUUGGGUAAUGUACUCUAGAAGUUGUAAGGAUAGAAUAAUUAAGAAAGAGUAGAUGUAGAAGAUCUAACUAAGAACUUUGGAAAUAUUCAUAUUGUACAGAAAUAAAAUGAAAUAAGAGGACCUAUUUAAUUAAUGAAUUCAAUUGGUAGUAGUAAUGCUAUAAUGAGUAGGUUUGGUAGUAGAUAAGAAAUAUCUUAUUAAACUUAAUCUGAUGCUUUAAGUAUAUAAAUAUAAAUAAUUAUAUCUUUUUAGGAAAAGUAUGUGAAAUGAAAGGUUCCUCAGAUCCUUUUGGUGAUUUUGCUAUAUAAUAGAGUUAAGAAUUAAAAGAAUAAUAAGAAUCUAAUUCUCAAUUUAAUAAUUAGAAAUUAUUUCAAUAAUUAGGAUCUCAAAUUGAAUCUAGUAUCAAUCUCAUUAAUGAAGAUUAAAAUAAAACUACCAAUUAAUUAGAUAAUUUAGGAGGUCCUAAAAGGAGUUCUAUACUUACUUAAUUCUUUGGAGAUUUGGGAAUUAAAGAAGUUGAUGAAAUAACUGAAGACUUUUGAAUUAUUUUAAUAUAUAAU